GCUGGCUCUAGGGGACAAAUAAUUUUCCACAUGCAUUCACGCUCGUCUAUCCUCACUAUCGAAGAAUUCAAGCUCGUUCUGUCAUCUUUUUGUGCCCAAUAGACCCUAAUAUUAUUGUAGUCGUGUUCACCUAGAACUCGCAUAUUCUCCACUAGGAAGAUAUGUUUCUCACAGACAUAGCCCUUCUCGCACUUUUCUCAUUGGCGACUUCGGUGCGGUCUGAAAACCCUCCAUCCGCAUUUUUUUCGACACCGGGCAGGACCCUCACAGAAAAUUCUAGACAAAUUCCUUCGCUGCCUCUAUCCCUGCCAAAUCAACGACUGGGAACCACAUCUUCAGAGUUUGACAAAAUUAACCUCGACCCAGACGAGGCCGAAAGAACUACACCGGCUUUCGAGGUGCUCACAACCGCUAGCCCGCUGGGCUCCGAUGAGGUUGCUUCAGGUCAAAUCGAUCUGUACAAGCGCAUGCUUCAAAAAACUCGGCACAUUCAUGCAGAGAACCGUCGGUUAAAGAAGAGAGCUCCCCAAAAUGGGGGAGGAGGAGGAAGAGGAGGUGGCGGAAGAGGAGGUGGAGGUGGUGGUGGUGGAGGAGGAGGAGGAGGAGGAGGAGGUGGUGGUGGUGGCGGCGGCGGCGGUCGUGGAGGAGGAGGAGGAGGAGGAGGAGGAGGCAAUGACAAUAGAUGCUUGGACCCUAAAGCAAUCCAAACUGGAGCCUUCACAGAUGGAAACCCAAAGGACGCGCAAUCACCCUCGUUGAUUAGCAAGAACAAUUUUAUUAACUUUUGUGUAACAUCGUUUGGGCAAGUUGGCGGGGCGGUCAUCAUGAAUGGAUUGCAACAAACCGACAAACCAGGCUGUAAUGGAAUAGUGAUGGGAAUGGUUCCUGACAAGAACCAUAUGCCUGCGUGCAAGUUCAUCUCGCCCAAGAACUUAGACAAAGUGCAAUCCAACAAAACUCUUACGAUCACUCUUCAGGUUCGAAACAUGGUACUUGGGGUAUUCACAAAUCCAAAAAACACAUAUUUGCAAGGCCCAAUACAGCUUGACCCUAAGACCAAGAAUGUUUUAGGACACACUCAUAUCGUGGUGCAAAAAAUAGACUCCUUCGAAUCUACGGACAUUCCGGAUCCCACAUUGUUCGAGUUCUUCAAAGGAAUCGAUGGGCCUGCUACGGAUGAGCGAGUUUCAGUCACAAUCGAUACUGGACUGCCACCCGGAUUUUACAGGGUUUCGACGAUUACCACUGCAGCAAACCAUCAGGCAAUUUCGUCUCCUGUAGCUCAGCGGUCCAUUUAUGAUGAUAUCAUCUACAUACAAGCCAAGAACUUCAGGGGAGACGAACCCGGCGGAGGAGUGGGACCGACUCCCGACGUGGAUUUGGGACCCACUCCCGGCGGGGAUUUGGGACCCCCUCCCCCCCCUCCCGGUGUGGAUGUGGGGCCCACCCCCAGCGUGGAUUCGGGUCCCACUCCCAGCGUGGAUUUGGGACCCACUCCCAAGGUGGAAUUGAAAGCCGGCGCACCGGCUGGAAAGAAAGACACUAAGAAACAGAAAUAAUGAGGGUUCCAUCAGUUAUAACUCAUGACCCCAGCUUCUUCUAGAUCUCCCCGUUUUCCUUGCUUCCCCUUUUCCAAAAUUGCCUGAUUCUUAACACAUUUUUUGCUUCUUGUCAAAGGUUGAAAACCAUCCUGUAAUGUAAUCCCGUAAUAUUGUAAAUCUUAUCCUUUCUUUUGCUUGAAUGGCAAGCACUUUAGUUUGAGUUCUCCAAUAUAAAGCCAUAGCCUUUUCCCAUUCCAAUUGGCUAAGAUAGAGUUUUUCUUGGUUUACUGUGAUAUGACAUCAGGCUUUCUGAUCACUCUUGAGCUCCUCUAGUCCCUCUGCAUCAUCCA